AUCAAACUUUUGAUUGACAUUUGCUAUCCAAAACAUGUAACCCUUUUGUCGUGAGACGAUCAAAUUAAUCACAUACCACAAUCAAACUCUCUAUUUAUUAGUAGUAUUAUCAAACUACUAUUAAUAGUAUUAUCAAACUGUUAUUAAUUAUCAAUACAUACGUUUAAAUAGUUGAAAAUCCCCUACGAAAUGGAAGAAACAGAUAAAACUGUAUUCAAAAAACAUACACAAACUUUAUCCGCGGGAGAAAAAAAGCUCUGGUUUAUUCGCAUGGGAAAAAUUACUCUGACUUAUAAGAAAUAAAACUAAUUCUGUAAACUUAGUUGUAUCAUUACACAAAUAAGAUCCCAGAUAAAUUGAACCGAAUAAUAGGAUUAAAUCAACAUAGACAUUACUGAUAACAUCAACUCAACUUUGGUUGACAUGUACUAAAUAGUUGGUUUAUUUCCACAAUAAAGUCAGCCGGAACAAAUUUUGGUUCCAAUCAAGCAAAGAACAUUGUUGAUGUUAAAGGGAGAAACUAGUUCAAAACAAUUAUAUUCUAACUAGAAAUCAUCAUAAAUCAAAUUUUAAAAUUUACUAGCAGUUUUGUUAUUUUAAACAUUUCUCUGCGUGUACUCACUUCGACAUCUCAGAGACGGCUUUCAUAAACUUAGACUCAAAUGGGAGAUCUUAUAGUCCAUAGGUUGUUGUAAAAUGUUAUCCGGAUCCGACUUGAAGGAGUAAUAAGUUAGUUUAGUUUAGUUUUCUUUAUGAAAGAGACUUUCAGCCGGUGGCUGGUUCGUCUCUGUGGAGUAAUGAGUGUUAAAAAUGUCAAAACAUUGAUAUAGUUGACACGAAAGUGCUUCCUUCUAGGAAAAUAUUGAAAACCUCACGGUAAGACCGUGUUAUUGCAACUUCAUCAUAAUUUAAUAGUAUUGUAGAGAACCAGUAGCGAGUGAAUAACUUAGCAUCACAUUAGAGUAAUCUCUAUUCAACCAAAUCUUCACAGAAAACCUGAAUGCACUGCGACAAUACACUGAAGGGAGUGUCACAAGAACUGUUCAACCUCCGUCGCUCUGAACGUAGUAAAAUAGUAGACACACCCGCACUGUUUGGUUCGAAAUCUUGAUUGUUAUCUCACCUCGUUGUAUGUCAGCACGAACAGGAGCCAACAAGAGGAAAUGUUUUAUUCACCUUUCUCGAGUGUACACAUCUCAUUUGCUAUUCCGCACGUGUUACUACCAUAUGCAGAUCAAACUCUCGUCGUUCGAAUGCAGAAACAUUCGUCUUUUCCUAGAUUCAGUCUACCGCCGACGGUCAUAGGAAAAGAAUCUAUUAUUUCCUCAACAGUGAAGGCAAGAUAAAUUGUUCAGGAAAAACAAGAACAUGAUUGAAUCCAGCUGCAUUGCGAACGAAUCAACUAGUGAAAAUCAAAUAGCCACGGGUGGGAAAAAGAAAACUCAUCUGCAGCGUGUUAUGCUGCAAAGAAUGGGUUCCUUCACAUCGGCGCCCCAAAUCAAGAACGUCGACUACCAGGAUGAUCAGCUGGAGAUAUCCAACGGGAUGUCAAUACCAGAUCUGGUAGAGUACUGUCGAAUAGCUCGUGGCGAAGAUCGGCCCCAGCUGGUGAAGCGAAAGUUCCUUCGUCCAGAUGAACGCAUCAAUCAACCCAGCCUGACCGAUGGUUUCCGGAUGCUGAAACUGGAUGCGAUAUCAACGACUUGCAGUGAACCAACGACUAAUCCAGCCCAGCUCCGUGUUUUCCAGUGGAAUAUGCUCUCACAAACACUCGGCAUGAAUAAUGAUGGCUUUGUUAGAUGCCCAGUAGAUGCACUUACCUGGGAAUGCAGACGAUAUCAAUUGAUACAAGAAAUUGUACAAAACGACCCGGACAUAGUCUGUCUUCAGGAAGUGGAUCACUUCAAGUUCAUCCAGAAAAUUUUAGCUACCCAAAAUUACGAAGGAGUUUUCUUCCCCAAACCGGACUCACCCUGUCUCUACAUCAACGGUAACAACGGCCCGGACGGUUGUGCAGUAUUCUAUAAAAAAGAUCGCCUGGAGAUGAUCAAUCACUUCACCAGAGUGUUGGAAGUUUGGCGUGUCCAAAGCAACCAGGUCGCGAUAGCCGCAAUGUUUCGAACUCUGGACACCAAUCAGGAGAUUUGUGUGACCACUACCCACCUUAAAGCACGCAAGGGAGCACUGCUGUCCAAGCUGCGGAACGAACAGGGAAAAGAUCUGCUCUAUUUCAUCGAUGGCAUAGCCAAGAAACGACCGGUGAUUUUGUGUGGUGAUUUCAAUGCGGAACCUAUUGAACCCAUCUAUAGCACGGUGUUGAACUACAAACCCCUGGGACUGUCCAGUGCGUACUCGGAUCUUUUGGCACAGGAACACCAGGAAACCGAAAGCGAGAACAAUCAGAAUGCCGCAAAUACAGACACCUCAUGCCCUGUUCUGCAACAUAAAUCAAGCAUAGCAUCGUUUCACAGUGACGACGAUGACUGCAGUAUCAGCUCGACGGGAAAGACAAAAGCUGAACAAUCAGCUGCCAACGAGCCAGCCUACACAACCUGGAAGAUUCGGGAGGAGGGCGAGGUGUGUCACACAAUCGACUACGUAUUCUAUUCCAAAGAUCAGAUCUCCGUCAAGAACUGCCUCAUGUUCCCAUCGGGUGAAGAGAUAAGCCCUGACCGAACACCCAGCUAUCAGUACCCAUCGGAUCACUUUUCUCUGUGCUGUGAUUUCGAGCUGCAGCCAGCACCGAGCAAUAGUGAUCAGCACUAGAAACGUAUCACCAAUGUUGAGAAAGAAAACUCUGCAAGCACCGCAAGAUGAAAACUGAAUGGACAUCAAUGUUUGUACCGAAAGUAUCAAAUUAGCUAAUAAGAUGGGAAUUUUGAGCUAUGCUCGAAGCCAAAUCCACGAAACAAAAUACAAAUUGGACACCGUUCUUCCAAUGAGAACUUCAAACAAUUAGUGUUAGUAAACAAAUCAAUUAUCCGGCGCAGGACGAAUAUGGAAGUCAAAUCAAUGUAAUUGAUUUGAGUCGGUGUCAAUGAAAACGUAAAGUUAAUAGUUGUACAGCUUGUGAUAAUAGUUGUGAUAUUAAAUGAGCCGCAUACCCUUGAUGGGUGGCCCAAACGAAAUGGGAGAGUUGAAUCCCAGGGUUUUAUUUUCAUACUUUUAAUUGUGUAACUCGAUUGACCUUAGUUAGAUACUGUAAUAACGUAUUGCUAUAAACACAAAACUUAUUCCUUUUUCUAUGAGGCGAUGCAACAAAGAAGCCAUACUGACGGAUUUUAUGUUAACAAAGAGCACGAUAUUUUUUUACAAUAGAACAAGGCAAUGUAAGAUGACAUACGGUACGGUAUGUUAGUCAAUUAUGUUGAUAGUUAGGUGAAACAGUUGGGUCUACCAGAAAGAUAACGCAACUCAAGGAUUGUUAGGUGACAAAGCAAACAAUAACCAUUGACGAAAUCUAUGAUGUGCGUUGAUUUUCAAAUAAAGAAGAAACAACAACAAACACA